AAAGAGACCUGUGAGAAAGAUAGAGAAGAGGAACGAGGAUCGAAGAUUUUCCACUCGAUUCGUGAGAGAGGACAAGCUUGAAAAUGUCCGCGAAGCGAAAGGCCACUGCCAUCAUGCAGCACCACAAGGAGAACAUCUCUACUCCAGAGCCGGCCGACAUAUCAGAGGACGAUCACUAUUCGAGCGCGCUAAUGAAAGACGCUGAUAAGCUUAAGCUGAUGCUGCUUGCUUGGAACUACAGUCUCCAGCAGCAGGCACAGGUUCAGGGUCCAGGGGUUCCGGGCCCGGGACAAGGUCCAGGCAGUCAGAUGCAGGUGGGACAGGUUCAGUCUGGCCAAAGUCAAUCUCAGCAGCAGUCCCAAAAUGUAAACAACUGCGUUAAUGCUUUGUCGCCGAGCAACAAUAGCACGUCUGCCAACAACGGCACGGUCCCCGUAUCCAGCCAGUCGAUCAUAUCCACGGCGAACAACACCAUCAAUAACUGCACUAUCACAGAUUCACGGAAUGGCAGUGCCGACCUGAGCGAGUUGAGCACAUCGGCCGCGGGUGGCGUCCCGGGAGGUCCCAGCGGAUCAGUUGCCAGCGAGGACAUGGCAUCACUUUGGGCUUCCUACACUAUGGGUCUAAAGAAGACGCCACCCCCGGGUUCAAGCACGCCUUCAAGAUCCGAGCGUGAUCGCGAUCGCGAUCGGGACCGAGACAGGGACCGAGAUCGUGAGUGUAGUCCCACAGGGGGCGAGGGCGCGGGCAGCGCUCACGACGAGACUAGUAGCAGCGGCAAUAAAGAGGAUGAGGAUGACGACGACGAGGACGUGGACGAGAGGCUGGACCCCCGACACCACGACCCCGAGCGUCUCAAGGCUUUCAAUAUGUUCGUGAGGCUGUUUGUCGACGAAAAUCUCGAUCGCAUAGUGCCCAUUUCCAAGCAGCCGAAAGAGAAGAUCCAAGCCAUAAUCGACAGUUGCACGAGGCAGUUUCCUGAAUUCGCAGAACGCGCGCGGAAGCGAAUCAGGACGUAUUUAAAAAGCUGUCGAAGGAACAAGCGAGGCAGGGAGGGUGCGCCUUGGGAUGCUGCGAGGCCGACGCCAGCUCACUUGACCUCGGUGCAGGCCGAGCAGAUUUUGGCGACAGCCUGCGAGAAUGAGAGCGAUAACGCCAAGCGCAUGAGAGUUGGCCUCGAGCCGGUUUCGCAGCCCAUGCCAACCCUACCCGCAGCCACGCAAACGGACGUGCGAGCGAACUUGGAUCACUUCACGAGCAGCACCCCGGUGAAAUCGCUGACGAUCAAGCGGGAGGACACGCCGCCGACAGCCUUGACAUCGCUGGCGCCGCUUACCAGUCUGGCUAAUCUACCCAACAGCGGUAGCCUAUCCUCGACGCCCCUCUCGCUCACCCCCGCUUCCAAGCUCCUGACCAACAGUGACACCAGCAAAACUCUGAUGAGCCAGGCAACCAUAGUGAGUUCAUCGACGGCGAAUGGAAUUGGAAGUGGCGGCGGUGGCAGUGGCAACGGCGGAGGCAGCGGCGGGGUCGGGGGCGCCCCUACGGCCAUGUACAGACCGAAUUUCAGUCAAGCGUUUCAGCGCGCCGGACCAACGACGGUGCCUCCGACUCUCUCUGCCGGCCUCUACCCAACCCAGAGCUUCACCUCGGGGCUCCUCAGCAACGGUACACAAAGGCCAACGGACUUGAGCAUGAAAAAUACAAAGCCGCUGCUGAGCCACAAGUUGAAUGCCACGGAAAUGACCGCCGUGCGACAACUGAUAACGGGAUACCGGGAGUCUGCUGCCUUCCUUCUGAGAUCCGCCGACGAACUUGAGCAGCUGCUGCAUCAGCAACCUUAAGAAGCUAGACAACAAGACAACACGACGACAAGACAACUACUACUAGUACCACUAUUGCUAUUACUAUUACCAUCUCUACUGAUGCUGUUACUGAUACUGUUACUCCUUCUGCUACCAUCACUACUACUACCACUACUACUACU